AUGGACGAAGUCAAUGAACGAUUUCCGCUUGUCAAGUACAAAUCGUGGAGAUUCUUACAGAACAAUGAUGCCGUUAUAACACCAGACGUAUCAUCAACGCGGCAGAGCAAUUCUCAGAGUUAUGAGGAAGAAGACGGCACUUUGAUCAAGAGCACUGGUGCGUCUUCGUCAUUGGGGGGAACCUCAGCGGUGGAUAGCCAACGUCAUAUCCAGACUGCCAUCAAACAGUCUCCAACACUUCCCGAAAAUCCCAACGCAGAAGCAACCCAACUGGAGGAGAAACUCGAUCGUCGUUCAAUGCACCAUGACCGGAAAAGUGAUGUUAAAUUCACAGGUUUUGAGGUGAAGGCAAUACACGGACAUUUUAGGGAUGGAUGCCACCUUCCAGAAGAGAACGAAGAUGUUGCUCACCACAUUCAGACUGCAAUGCCAGCCGAACUUCUACCAGAUCCAGCGGAUUCCUGUGCAAUCUGUCUCGAUGCGAUCGAGGAUAAUGACGAUAUCCGGGGGCUAACAUGUGGUCAUGCCUUCCAUGCGUCCUGCGUUGACCCCUGGUUGACGAGUCGAAGAGCGUGCUGCCCUUUGUGUAAAGCAGACUAUUAUACCCCGAAACCUCGAUUGGAUCCCGCGGCGGAACAAGCUAGUGCAGAGCCGCACGGCGUGACCCACGUCCCGAGUCAACCGCAGGCUGUCUUCAUAGGAUGGCGAGUGAAUCCCUUUAGGCGAACUAAUAUCCUGCCACAGCGACGUCUACAAUUAGCUGCUCCAGAGAACAUGGUACAUACACCACGGCGAGUAGGCGCCCGUGAUGAAGGACCGUUAAUGGCUGGCCAUAUAACGAACGUUGGAUUGGUUGACUCCAGACCACGGCAUUGGAGCUCGACUCUAACCUUUCCUCGUCUUCGCAACGUUCUCGCUAGUCCUUCCCUUGGUCGGUACCGUGCCUCGAGGGAUAGUCGGUACCCGCAAAUGCCUCCCUCAACUCAUGUUGAUAGUCGAACACCGGGUCAAGUCGAGGCCGGCUUCAACACCUGA